AUGAUCUUUGCUAACACGGGCAACCCUCUGAAAGCUGCCACUCGCAAGCAGUCGUACCCCAUGACUCCGUCCAGUCCCAGCAGCAGCAGCAACAGCAGCAGCACGGGUCUGGAGCAGCUCAGCAAGACCAACCUGUACAUUCGAGGCCUGCCUCCCGCGACCACUGACUUGGACUUGGUCAAACUCUGUCACCAGUAUGGCAAGAUUCAGUCAGCGAAGGCCAUCUUGGACAAGACAACCAACAAAUGUAAAGGUUACGGUUUUGUGGACUUUGACAGCCCGGCGGCCGCUUUGAAGGCCGUCCACGCUCUGAAAACCAGCGGCAUUCAAGCCCAGAUGGCCAAGCAACAAGAACAAGACCCCACAAAUCUGUACAUUUCCAACCUGCCUCUGUCUGUGGACGAGAAAGAGUUGGAGAACAUGCUACAUCCCUUCGGCCAAGUCGUUUCCACACGCAUCCUCCGCGACUAUGGCGGCAACAGCCGAGGCGUAGGCUUUGCCAGGAUGGACACCACUGAGCAGUGUAACGCGGUGAUCUCGCACUUCAAUGGGAAAUUCAUCAAGAUCGCCUCCGGAGCUCUGGCUCCCUCUCAGCCCUUGUUGUGCAAGUUUGCAGACAGUCAAAGAAAGAAACACGCUCACGGUGGAUUUGUUCCCAAUGGACAGACGGGAGAUCUCAGACUAGGUCCAAUGACUCUUACCUAUGACCCCUCCUCAGCAGCUAUGCAGAAUGGGUACUAUCCGUCUCCAUAUCCGGUAACCAACCGGAUAAUGGCCGUGCAGCCUGCUAUGUCCCCCUACAUGUCUCCCGUCUCUGCGUACCAGGUUCAGAGUCACUCCUGGGUGGCACAUCAGCCGUAUAUCAUGCAGCACCCGGCUCCUGUGAUGUCUCCCUCUGUGGAUCCAUCAAUGUCACUGCACCCUACGACUAUGAUAACUCAGCAGAUGGGUCAGCUGUCCCUAGGAAACACUGGAGCAUACAUUGCAGCCAACCCGGGGGUCCAAGGUGCUUACAUGCCGCAGUAUCCGCCUCUGCCGGCAGCACCGGAAAACGGCACGCCACAACAAGUGGAUUCUUCCAACAACUCGUCCCCUUACAGUCAACUGAGCAAGUAA